AUGGUGGUGUUUGUCGACCUAGAUCGCGAUGACUCCUUCUCUGAGCAUCAUCAUCACGGAUCCGCGCUCUCUUUGGAGAAGCCCUUCCCGCCCAAACUGACGGUCGCACCCAUUGCAACCACCGAGUCCUGCGAACUCUUACCCUCGCCUACCUCGUCCGAUGAAGACCGCGAUACAGACUCGGCAGAUCCCCUGGCCAACAAAGCGCCCGAGGUCGACAAUCCGAACCGGAAUGCCUUCUCGGCUGCCUUGAGCUGUUACCCCAUCGUCAAGGAAAUCGCUCGCGCCGUCGAUUUAAAUACCCUCCACGCUUUAUCUCGAACAUGUCGCCAGUUCCAUGUCAACCUCGCGCAGUUCCGGCACCAGCUCGUCCGGGAGACACUGCGUUGUGAAAAUGAGUAUAUCGAGACCGUCGCAGAUAUGCUGGACGGCAAUGCCAUCAUUCCGAAUAGCGUCAAAUCAGUACUGCAGCUGCUGAGCCAGAGCAGUGGGGGGCCAGGCCGUAUGUCGCGUGGGAAAGUGGGCAGAUGCGCACGCGACAUGGUCGGCGAGUGUCGACGCUGCAGCAAGGUCGUAUGCAGGAAUUGCACGAUUAAACCCCCCUCCCAAACCGCUAUGAACGGUCGCAUUCGUCGGCUUUGCCAACCCUGCCGCAAAGCACCGCUCUCCUACCACCUCUCCCAGACGGCCCCCGACAUGGGCAUCUCCGAUAUUGACAACCAAGCCACCGUGGCAGGAGAAGUUGCACGCAGCACCGGAAUAUGCAAUUGCAACGACGCUCUUUGGCUGUGCCAACAAUGCGGACAGACCCUGCGCAGCAACGACACCACAUACCGCCGUGUUUGGGCCUGGCGCACCCGAUACAGCACAUACCUCGGUGGUGGACUCGGCACCGGCAUUGGCGAGGGUAGCCAGGGCGUGAAAUGCGGUCGUGGCGAAGCCUGUCUCGCCGCGAAAGAAAUCGAGCUAGAGGUCGACUGCGAAGUCGACGAAGGGUCGAGUGAUACCAGUAGUCCCGGCCACAGCCCUCCUAGUCACCCAUCGCAUCAUCACGAGCUGGUCUCGACGGAUAGUCAUGAUGACGAGGAACCGGGGUACUUCCGCCAGGAAGUCAUUGGGUUGGGUGGACUGAUGAAGCAUAAGGCUAAGAAGAGGGUUAUGGUGGGUGCUUGUGUGGUGGAGUAUGAGCAUGAGCGGGAGUCGGGGAGUUAUCUUAGGCGUGAAGAGAAACGCUUGCAUCGGGCGUGGUGUGGAUGGUGUUCGAGAGUGAUUCCGGCGUAUAAUGAGGUUGAGCUUGGGUAA